UCGAUAUCUACUAUUGCCCGAAAUUUCUCCUGGUUGGGAAGUUUAAUAUCUACUCUUUGUCUGUCAACAAAUCCAUCAGGGAGUUCAUUAACAUUGGUGUACAGCACGAUCGGAAUAAAUACUCCAUCAGUCACUGGUGGGAUUGGUGGGAAGUAUACAAUUACUGCUCCACAAGUCUGUCCACCCAUAACCAGUUGCAGUUCCAUUGCAUACACAUCUAAACUCAGUGCCAGCCUCGAUACAAGAACUACCAUUCAGACAAGGAUUUGUGUCACAUAGACGACUCUCUGAAUAGAAACAUUAUAAAGUACUUCCAUUAUAGCUUGGUGUAUUUCCUAGUUGUGGACACUUUACACACAGGCCACUUUUGUUAAGGGAGCAUGACACUAAUGCCAGAAUAAGCGCCGACACACACACACACCAGGUACCUUAUAGCUAACCCUCGCUGCACAUGCGCACCGAGGUUAAAAUUGCAGAGCAGACUCACACACACUGUGGUCCAUCACUCCACACAAGAUUACUUGUGUUAUCCUUUCUACAUGUCUGAUUGCUAGGACCCUCUAAGCUGUAGCCAUGGGCACACACAUCAUGACACAGAUGGCCCUCCUCUCUGGU